AUGGACGCGUCGAACGUCGCGAACUGUGACUUGAGCACAGAAACGCAGGCCACGAGGAUUUGUCUGAAACCGUCAAGCAGUGCCACGCAACAGACAGCUUGCUUCGGAGAUUUAGGUGGACCAGUUGUUAGCAACGGUGAGCUGAUUGCGGUCAUUUCCUAUGUGCCCGGACUCCUCACUUGUCAAAGUUCCGAUUAUGCCGUUGGAACUCUGGUUGGGGCAUACACAAAGAUAAAGAUUUUCAGAAUAAAAUACAAGAGCUGGGUCGUGACUCUCGGGGACUUGACAGCGUCCAAACCUGAAGACAAUGAACAACGAAUUGACGGAGUCGGGUACUCGAACCCAUUUUACCCAUCAGUGUACUCUGGAUCCGACCCCAAGGACAUCGGACUAGUAAAACUGAAAGUGGGAGCAGUGACAGAUAAUACCAAUGUUAAAACCAUCGGUUUGUCCAGUGCGACUUCAUUCCCGUCAGGAACCGUGGUUUCAGUUUCCGGAUGGGGAGUUAUUGAUUCAAACGCAGGAGCAUUAUCCACCGACACUUUGCAUUAUGGUACCAUGGAAGUGACCAAUGUUGCCUAUUGUGGAAUGACUGUGGAGAAAACAACCAGACGACUUUGCUUGACGCCCUCCCGUACCACAACCAAGCAAUCUGCGUGCUUUGGAGAUUUGGGUGGACCUGUGGUAUACAAUAACCAACUAAUAGCGAUCAUGACUUACAUACCAGGAACCAUAUCCUGUCAAGCCACAGAUUACACAAUUGGAGUUCUCAUCGGCCCGCAAUCGGAUUGGAUCAAGAAGUUUACGUGAAGACAUUCUCUCAAUUAAAAAUCCCGAAUACCUCCCCAGAAAUUGAAUUAAGACUUAUUGCACCCUUUGUAAAUGAGACUUGAUGAAACACUGAAAUGUUUUCAGAACGGAUUCAUGAUUCUUCCACCGAUGCCGCAAGUGUGAUAACAGAUAACCACUCCCAAAUUGAUACUCAUUUCCUAAAAAAUUGAAAUCGCGGAGUCAAAAAAAAAGACGAGAAACUGGGUUUUUACUACUGUAUUCGCUAUCGCAAUGUUAAAGAAAAUCAUUCACUCACGC